UACGCUGCAUCUCGACACAAAAUUUCGUCAUUUCUCUGAUGAAAUCAACUUAAAUCGCGUUGAAAACAAUAAUUUCAUAACAUGAAUUUUGUUAUGGAUAACAUUGUCUGUUGUUAUAUAUAAAUUAAAUAGUGAAAAUGUCGAGAUUAGCCUGCGUUUUACCCUUCGCCGGUUUAUUAUUGUUUCUGCAACGGGUUUCGGGACAAGCUUUUUCAGUUGAAAAGAUCGCUGUUGGAGCAAUAUUUGACCAGAACACGGAAGAGAUUCAGAAUGUUUUCAAAUACGCGAUGACUGUCCACAAUCAGAACAUUAGUACCCGUCGCCUUGAGCUCCAAGCCUACGUCGAUGUCAUUAACACUGCUGAUGCCUUCAAACUCUCACGACUGAUCUGCAAUCAAUUUGCAAGAGGAGUGUUUGCUAUGCUGGGCGCAGUUACACCGGAAUCAUUUGACACGCUUCAUUCGUAUACCAAUACAUUCCAAAUGCCGUUUGUAACACCAUGGUUUCCAGAAAAGGUGAUUCCACCAUCGUCGGGCCUUAUCGACUAUGCGCUAAGUAUGAGACCGGACUACCACCAAGCGAUCGUUGAUGUCAUUUUGCACUACAAUUGGGACGAAGUAAUCUUCAUUUACGAUUCACACGAUGGUUUGUUGCGCUUACAACAACUGUUUCAAACUAUGCAACCGGGUCGAGCCGCAUUUAAAAUAUCUCUUGUGAAAAGAAUUAAUAACCCUGAAGAUGCUAUCGAGUUCCUGAUGUCAGUUGAGGCACAUGAUCGAUGGAGUAAAAAGAGAAUAGUUCUGGACUGUAAUACUAAAAAUGCCAAGAGCAUACUCUUGGAGCAUGUUAGAAAAGUGGAGUUGGGACGAAGGACUUACCAUUAUUUACUUAGUGGAUUGGUUAUGGACGAUCAAUGGGAGAAUGAGGUUACGGAGUAUGGCGCCCUUAAUAUUACUGGCUUUCGUAUUGUUGACCACACGCGUAAAGUCGUCCGAGACUUUACUGAGGGCUUACGCAGAAUGGAUCCACGGUUCAAAGGAGCAGUUUCAGCACAGACAGCAUUCAUGUAUGAUGGUGUUCAUGUUUUAAUGGAUGCUUUGGGAAGGCUCUAUAGGAAAAAACCAGAAUCAUUUAGGGCUGCUUUACGACGCGCGGCGGCUUUAUCUAAUACGACAAAAGUCAUUGACUGCAACCCUGGCAAAGGUUGGGUUAUUCCGUUUGAAUAUGGCGACAAAAUAUCACGCCUCAUCAAAAAGACGGAUAUUGAGGGUCUCACCGGAAACAUUUCAUUUAACGAGGAAGGACAUCGACAUAAUUUUACACUACACAUUGUUGAAAUGACGGUCCAAAGUGCUAUGGUGCCGGUUGCGAUGUGGUCUGACAAGUAUGGCCUAAGUACAAUUAAAUCUCCGAAAUUCAUUCGUCUUCACACGCCAACGUCGUUUGAUACAAACAGAACAUACAUCAUUACCGGAAUCCUACAAGAGCCGUAUUUGAUGAUAAAACCAAAGGAAUUUGGACAGAGAGAGGAGCAAUUUCAUGGAUUUUCCAAGGAUCUUGUCGAUUUUAUCGCGAAAAGGCUUGGAAUAAAAUAUAUUUUCAAGACCGUCAGAGAUGGACAGUUUGGAAGUCAAACUGAUGAAGGAUGGAACGGUCUUGUUGGUGAAGUAAUUAGAAGGGAAGCAGAUUUGGCUGUCGCUCCAUUAGCUAUUACGCCUGAAAGAGAACAAGUGGUGGAUUUUACUGAGCCAUAUUUGUCUGUUGAAAAUCCGAUUAUACAAACAAAGACCCCUAAGCAGCUUGCUGAUACUUUCAGCUUUUUACGGCCUUUGUCUAAGGAAAUAUGGCUGUGCGUUUUAUUUAGCUUUUUCGCAGUCAGUAUUGUUCUAUUCCUGGUGUCGAGAUUUUCGCCACAUGAAUGGAAAAGUAUCACUGUGUCUGAUACGCGAAUCGAGCAAGCUGCCAACAGUAACAAUGAGAUUAUCUUACACAAUGAGUUUAGUAUUUGGAAUUCAUUUUGGUUUUCUCUCGGCUCAUUCAUGCAACAAGGCAGUGACGUAGUACCGAGGUCCCUCUCAGGAAGGAUUGUAGGUACAGUGUGGUGGUUUUUUGCACUGAUACUUGUAUGUUCGUACACAGCAAACCUGGCGGCGUAUCUGAUUGUCGAGAAGAUUUCCGAACCAACACAAUUUCUCACCUACAGCUCCAAAAUUAAAUUCGAAAGUGAAUUCCUUCCUAACAAUGAUCUUGUAAAGGAUCCGGAAGUAGUAAAUAAUCCACCAUUCACUAUGGACAGUCGUUAUAAGAAUUCCUGCGCUACGCCGAAAAUCUGUCGUUACAAGCACGUUGACUUCGGGAUUGCUUUGACAAAGGGAUCUCCAAUCAAAGAGGCGCUGAAUCUGGUUAUAGUGGAUCUAAAAAAAGAUGAGAUUAUUGUGAAGCUGUGGCAUAAGUGGAUGAUGGAAAUGAACAAGCCUAAGUGCGAAAAAGAGAAGGAAGAGGAAUCUACAAUGUCAGAAAUGACACUCAGUCAAGUAGCCGGAAUAUUCUACGUACUGGUUGGUGGACUAGCAUUAGCUUUGGGUGUUGCCCUUUUGGAAUUCUGUCAUCAUGGACGUAAUGAGACUCCAAGAACCGCUAAGACUUUAAGUGCAUUAAAGGCAAAAGCCAAGCUGACGGCUAAAUCGGAUAAAAAGUCGUCUCAGCGUUCUCGAGAACAGGAACGUCUUGGAUGGAAUGGAGCUGCUUUUACCGGGUAUUUCCCUGCUGGUAACCAGACUACCCAGGAGGAGGCAGUACAUGCAAGUUUCACCCACGUCUGAUCCGAGAAAAGCGGCGUUAACAAACGUCGCGAUUCACCACAAAAUCUGCCAAACCAUAUUGAGCUGUAUCAACUUUAAAACAUCGUUUCAAUACAACAUAUUCGCCUUAAAUGGUUUUUUAUUAUGUAGGUAAUCUAAACACUAAAUUAUUGACUCCUUUUAUAUUUUGGAAAUUUGAUGCGACUAGUGUUACUAAUACUAAAAUAAUAAUAAAGUUUUAGUACAUAUUUAGCCCAGCAUUGUCUUAAUAUAGUAGAGAUUUCUAUCUUUAAUAUCGUCGCUUUAAUGUCUGUUGUAAAAUGGCAUUAUAAAUUACGCAUUUUGAAAUAAUGUUUAAUGGUGUACGUACAUAUAUUAUAAUUAAUAAGAUUUAAUCUCAAGCUAUGCUCAUUUAUUAACAUUUUAUCUUCUAUAACUAUAAACUUAGAUUACCAAAAGUUCUCGUAUUGUCAUUGCAUACCAACGAUAUUAAAAAAUAUUAAUAAAAUAGGUUACUAAUAUAGCUUUUUCUUCAUUGCCUCGUAGGAUAAAAACUAAACCAUUAUAUUUAAGAAACUUAAUACUUUUUUCAAUAUUUCAUAUUAUAAUUCUGUCUUAGGAAUUAAGGAUUAAAUUAAAUACAUUUUGAUGUCAAAUUAAUGAUAUGAACUACCAUGUUUAUAGCAUUAAAUAAAUCAUUAAUUAUAAUAGAUAUCGUUAGUAAUUAAGUGACGUUUAGGACACUCGGGAUUCAGGAUUCCUGAGGAAGAAACUUUACAUGCUUAAGACAUAAAAAAAGCUUGAAUACUAACUAACCCAAUGGCCAUGCAUGAUAAAAUGAUUUUUCUCAAGCUCAAACAGAAACUUAAAUGUCUUUCAUUACAACGAAAUACAUUUAUACUAAGCGUAAUUAAAUAAAUUCGUGCAAUUACUACAAUAUUAUUAUACAAUAAACGAUGAAAUUACUACAAUAUAAUGUUACAAAAGCAAAAAUAGCUUUUCAAAAGCUUUCUACUUAUUAUAUCUAUCUAUGGAAAAUUGUAAGUUAUAUCAUAUUACUCCCUUUAAAUUUAUUUAACUUGACAGUAUAAUAUAUAUAUAAAGACCCAAUACAAAGCAAACCAAUCCCAACUACUAAAAAUAAACUCUUAAACACUUGGUAAUAGUUUUGUAAGAUCGAGUUUAAGCUUAGGCAAAUUAAAACCCAAUGAAACACGGGUCAUAAUAACUGAUAAUAAUUUGUGCCAAAGAACAUAUUAUAUAAUCAUGUACGCUCAAUUUUAAAUAUCCAUACAAGUAAUUUUUGGGUGUGCAUAACGAUAAUAAUUUGAUACAUGAAAAAGUCCGUUUUGUUUUGAUAACGGAAGCGAAGAAUGAAUUACUGGGUAAUAAAUAGAUUUUUUCAAUAUUAUUCGUAUUUGCGUAAGCAAAUUAUUAUUAAAAGUUAGUCAUGUAAUUUUAUCUAAUAGUGUAAUAAUAUCAAACCUCUUACGGUAGUAAAAUUAUCGCUUUAAAUGUUAUUAGAAAAUUCUACACGUUAACAUAAUAUCAGUGUUGUGAAAUAAAGUGUAGUGUGUGUUA